GGUGAUGAUGGACAUUUAAUGCCAUGUGUCUUGGAUCAGUGGCAUCAGGCCCAACCCGACACACCACCAAAGAUAAAAGUGCCACCCCAUGAAGACGGCAUUGUGUACAGACUAGUGGACACUGCAGUGGAGAUUCUGUGUGGCCAAGCAAAUGAAGACACUCUCGACCUUUAUGAAACACCAAGCUAUUUAUUAGACGAUGAUAGUCGCAAACGUUAUCGGCAGGUGAUCUUUCAGUUAACAUCUGAUGUACUUCAUGAGAUUUGGGGUGAUCUGUUAAGGACAAAACAACCUGCCCAGAAUAUAGAUGAUCAAUCUGUGAUCUCAGCUCAGCAAUCCAGUCAAAUUUCAGUCAAAUUUUUAAAGGCUGCCGUGAGAAAAGAGAUACAGAAAAUUCUGAAUUUAGAGCGAAGCGAGCAACAGAUGACAGAGUUGCUCCAAAAACUGUGCAAAUACUGGUACGCCAAGAGAGACAGAGUGGACUUUAUACUGAUUCAGGAACUUCAUAAUGAGGAGAGAACUUGGCUUGACUACAGUGCUGACCAGUACACUGUGAAAAUGCAUCUGACCGAGGAGAUUUUCAGUCUUCUUUUGGAUGACACAAUAUUAGCCCUAAAUCAUAUGCACUUUUCAACCUAAAAGACAAGUCAUAAUCUUGUCAUUUUCAUACAUGCAUCUCUGAUAUGUUCUUUUAUAUGUUGUUGUUUUCUUUUUGGGGGGAAUCUUACAAAUCCUGUCAAGAGCAUGUCCAAGUCAUAUUUCAAAAAUUAUAUUUUGCCUGAAGAACGUAAACCCACGUAACGUUUUAGGACCAUUUAGAGCAGUUUUCUUGCAUAAUGAAAUGCUUAUGACAACUAAACACAAUUUUCACUUAAUUUCCACUUUUGCAAUUACUGUUAAGAAAAAAUCAAUUAUUCUCAUUACUGAAAUUCCUGAUAUAAUUCUUUAGAAAUCAUAUUAUUUAAAUUUUAAAGUAUUUAUAUGUCAUAUUAGUAUUGUUUGUACUGCUAAUAUCUGCUGAUUUAAAUCAAAAGUAAUGUAUCACAGUCA